UGUGAGAGCGCAUCAUAUCAUGCGCCUUUGCAUCUCUAUGCCCUGUUGACGAGGCGACGAUGGAUCCAGCCCCGAUGCGCCAGGAUGAUCGGUGCCUGCGCAUUCGGUGUCCUGCGACAUAUCAAAACCCUGGCACGGAGUCACCCCGGAACCAAACAGAAGCAUGGGUGCAAGGGGGUUUCUCCUAAAGUCAAUGCAGGGUCGAUCUCCUGAUGUGUUCUAUCUCCGGCGACGCGCAUUACCUGUCACCAGAAUACGAAGUAUGAGGAAUCCGUCAUCCAGGAUCAUGUCCCACACACCUGCAAAGUCUUUGACAUAUAAGCACGAAGCGCCCUUGAACUGCAAGGACAUUUUGCAAUCUGCCCGCCCAUUCUGCAUUUCUUCCUGCGUCUUCCUCGGCGACACCGCACAUCUACUUCAUCAAACCCCGCCUCCAGAGUAGUGAUUGGCAUCUCUCUUCACCAGACGGUCAAUACCCAACAGUCCUUAUCCCUCUAACCUCGUCGCCGAAAUGCUGUACAAACUGCGCGCCCUGUGGUCCCAAUCUUUUGGACUGCCCGCGCCAACUCUCACAGAGAAGAACCUCCCCGAUCAAACAGGCAAGGUCUAUCUUAUCACUGGAAGCAAUACUGGGGUUGGAUAUCAAGUUGCCAGCAUCCUCUACGCUCACAACGCCAAAGUCUACGUCGCCGCGCGCACAGAGUCAAAGGCUCUAGCCGCCAUCGACUCCAUCAAGGAACAACAUCCUAAGUCCCAAGGCAAGCUCGAAUACUUGCAUCUGGACUUGUCCGACUUGAGCACUAUCAAAGCCAGUGCCGAGGAUUUUCUGUCUCGCGAAGACAAGCUGCAUUGGCUGGAUAACAAUGCUGGCGUGAUGAUCCCUCCGCAGGGGUCCAAGGGCGCCCAGGGCAUGGAUCUGACAUACCAAACAAACAUCCUUGGCCCGUUCCUAUUCACGAAACUACUCCUCCCCAUCCUCAAGCGCACCGCAGCGGACGAACCCAAGGGCACCGUGAGGGUCAGCUGGGCGGGCAGCCUAGCUGUAGUUCUACAGAGUCCCACGAACGGGGUGCGCUGGAAGAAGGGUGCAGAUGGGAAAGAGACAUUGGAUGAUGCGAACAGCAAUACAUUUACAUAUGGCGUGAGCAAAGCCGCAAAUUAUUUCUUCGGGACCGAGUUUGGGAAACGAUAUGGUGUCAAAGAUGGAGUUCUUCACAGUUCAUACAACCCUGGCAACCUUGCAUCCGACCUCCAACGACACGCCAACGACCAAUACCCCGCCUGGGCGCGAUGGCUUCUGCAAAAAUUGCUCCUGAACCCCGUAAUCUUCGGCGCAUAUACCGAGAUCUAUGCCGGUCUAUCCCCGGACUUGACUUUGGACAAAGAUCAAGGCGGUUAUAUCAUUCCCUGGGGUCGCAGAGGCUCGGUCCGCUCGGAUUUGAUUGCGGAGGCGACGAAGGAGAACGGAGAGGCCAAGAAGCUGUUUGACUGGUGUGACGAGGUGACGAAAGAGUUUGCAUAGGUCAACUCGGUGCUCUCGUGGUCUUCCUUGCCUUGGGAAGUGCCUCACAGAACAAGAGACGCACCCUUUCUGGACAUGUCUAGCUGUUCUGAGUGGGACAGAGAGGUUUCGAUGGCUGUUUGAGGAUCCGGUGCAUCGGAGAGAGAGGUUCUGGACACAAGGCAUGGGGUGCUGCCUCUAUCGUUCGCACUGACAAGUAAGUUCAGGUGUCAGCGUGUGGAGUUGGACUUUGGACGGGGUUGUUUUGCAACUGUUGAGGAGGAAAAUAUGGGCACGGCAAUAUAUCUUGUUUGUUGAUUCAUUGGCAAUUACACAUCGUAUAAUUGAACUUAAUUCACAGCC